AUGGCCCCUCCCAUUCCCUCCCAUCGCCCGCGCAAGAAGAGAAAGACCCCCACGGCUCCCGGCUCCAAUAACAAUCUCAUAAUCGAUAUCGGAGAUGGAAAGCAGUCUCCAGCAUUUCCACUCGUAUCGUUUCUGUGGGCUGCACGAGCUGGGAUCUCACAAUGGCUGAUCCUGCCACUUACGCUCAUGGCUGUCGGUCUCUUCCGAUGGGCUGUCAGUCUAUGGGGUUACUCAGGCUUCCAGGUGCCCCCUAUGCACGGUGACUUUGAAGCGCAACGACAUUGGAUGGAAAUCACCACCCAUUUGCCCAUGCCCAAGUGGUAUCUCUACGAUUUGCCAUACUGGGGCCUCGAUUACCCCCCAUUGACCGCAUACCACAGUUGGCUGCUCGGAAAGAUUGGCACCGCCAUUGAGCCGGCUUGGUUCGCACUCGACGAAUCCCGCGGCUUCGAGCACCCGGACCUGAAGGUUUACAUGCGCGCCACUGUCGUGGUUUCCGAAUACCUUAUAUAUGUUCCUGCAGUUGUAAACUUCCUUCGCCGGUAUACUCGUAUGCAUGGCGUGCAUGCAUGGUCCGCCUCCAUCGCCCUUGUUGCAAUUCUGCUCCAGCCGGCAACCAUCCUUAUCGACCAUGGCCACUUCCAAUACAAUACAGUGAUGCUGGGAUUGAUGGUUGCUAGCCUGGAUGCGAUCAUGGCGGGGCGCAUGCUCUGGGCCUGUAUCUUCUUUGUCGGCGCUCUAGGGUUCAAGCAAAUGGCUCUGUACUAUGCGCCAGUCAUGUUCGCCUAUCUCCUGGGUGUCUGCGUCUUCCCACGGAUCAACAUCCCUCGACUUAUCAACAUCUCUCUCAUUACAGCCGCUGCAUUCGCUCUGCUAUUCGCCCCACUCUUAAUCGGCGCGACAAGUAUCGAGGCCCGGAAGGACUUUGCGUCUGCGCCAGAGCCUCCUCUUCUGCAAUCGGUUCCAAUUGCUCUAGACAAGAGCUCCGUGGCUUAUGCAGUUCUCUUCCAGCUAACGCAAACGGUUCACCGCAUUUUCCCCUUCGCACGUGGCCUGUUUGAAGACAAAGUCGCUAAUGCCUGGUGCGCGAUCCAUACAUUUUACAAGCUGCAUCACUUCGAUACUUCCUUGCUCCAACGGGCGUCUCUUUGCGCCACUCUGGGCUCAAUUAUUGUUCCAUGUGGCAUCAUUUUCCGCCAUCCUCGGGCUUCUCUUCUGCUUCCUGCGUUGUCCUGCGUUUCGUGGGGUUUCUUCUUGUUUUCUUUCCAGGUGCACGAAAAGAGCGUUCUUCUUCCUCUUCUCCCCAUGACCCUCUCGCUCGCUGGUGAUGGUGGAUUGAGCAAGGAGAACCGCGCCUGGGUUGGUUGGGCUAAUAUCCUUGGCUCGUGGACCAUGUUCCCCCUUUUGCAGCGCGAGGAGCUCCGCAUGCCUUACGCCGUCAUGACCCUUCUGUGGGCUUAUCUACUUGGUUUGCCCCCACUCUCCCUUGAGACCUAUCGGAGCCGUUCAUCUCCGGAGGAUCCCAGCUCGCACUUCGAGUUGAACAUUUUUGCCAAGCUCUUGCACAUCCUGUUCUAUAUUGUCAUGAUUGCAUGGCAUGUCGGCGAGGCGUUCGUGCCUCCCCCUCCUGGUAAACCGGACCUGUGGGUCGUACUAAACGCCCUCAUCGGGGCCGGUGGAUUCGGGAUUGCUUACCUUUGGUGUAUGUGGAAACUGGUUACACAGUGCCGUCAGAUUGACCGCCGUGGGGCCGAAGAGGAAAAUCGGAAGAAGAAUCAGUGA